AGUCAAAUAAGCAACUAUCAACAAGAAGAUAUACUUCCUAAUAACAAUUAAAAAGUGAAUAAAAAUUUAAAAUCAGAAAAAAUGCAAGGAAAAAUUUUGAAUACAAUUCUAAUCUUGAGUUUAGCUAUUUUUGCUAAUAUUGAUGUUGCCCAAGCUGGUUCAUCGCCUCAUGAUGUUUGUGAAAUUUAUGUUGAUACGUUCAGCAUAAUUUACAAUCAAUCUUUAACAACAUUAGCCCAAUCUUUUCAAGACGCUAACCAUUCAAUGCAUUCAGUUAAUGUUUACCUUCCUCGUGAAUAUUAUUUAGAUCAAUUAAAUAUGAUUUUAUUUUCGUGGAUUGAUGAAAAUUCUCCAACACUACAAGCUGCUUAUGAAUCUGCUGCAUCAUUGACCGGUACUACAAGUGACUAUAUUCAAAUUGAUUGAAGGCAGUGUUAUAAAUCCACCAUCACCUGUUUCUUGUCUAUACGAUAUGAUCAUUGAAUUGUACACCACUUUGAAUAGCUUGUAUAACUCUCUCGAAGCUAUCACUCAACUUCUUUCUGAUUCUCAAUUGAUAGUUGGUGAUCACAGACCAUCACUUGAACAAAGCACAUCUUCUUAGACAUGUUGUUUAAUUCAGUGAAAAAGAGGAAACUUAUUUAAAUUUAUUCUAUUAAAAUUUUGAAAAAAA